AUGGCUGAGGCGGUGAGGCCCCAGCGCCGGGCCAAGGCCAGGGCCAGUCGGACUAAAAGCAAGGAAAAGAAGAAAUAUGAAACCCUGCAGAGGGAAGAGCCUGAUGAAAUUUUUCUUCCAAAAACCUCCAGAGAGCAAGAAGAAAUCCCUUCUCCAGCCUGUGAAUUCAAAGGCGACCAUCUGAAGGUGUUAACUCAGUCCCAGCUCCAAAGUGAGGCCAGUGGACAAAAUGAAAGUGAAAUGGUUGAUGUACCACUCACCUCCUUAACUAUAAGCAAUGAGGGGUCCCUGAGUAACCCAGAGUCCCUGAAGGAAGGGGGAGAGCUUGGAACCUGUGUGGGGGACAGUACAGUCAAGCCAAAGGUUGACCCUGGAGAUGAUGUUGGAACUACAGUGGAAACCCCCAAGAACUUUACCGAGGUAGAGGAAAAUAAAUUGGUGCAAUGUGGACUUUUGGAAAGCCCACUUCAAUCUAGUUUUUCAUAUACUCAGCAGGAAAUGGAAAACUUAGAAGUUAGAGAAAUUCAGAAUAGGAAAGAAGGCAGACAAGCCCUGGGUUGUUCUUCAGAGGUGCUACAAAAUGUUGGCUUGCAGAGUUCUUGUGAAGCCAAACAUGUUUUAAAGCCACCUAGAGUGAAGAAACUGUAUCCCCAGUUGCCAGCGGACAUUGCUGGAGACGUACCAGCUUUGGUGGCCGUGAAACCCUUGCUUCGUAGUGAACGACUCUAUCCAGAACUCCCAUCUCAACCAGAACUGGUACCGUUUACUAAAGAACAGCUAAAAAUCUUGGAGCCUGGUUCAUGGCUGGAAAACAUUGAGUCAUAUUUGGAAGAAUUUGACAGCAUGGCUCAUCAGGACAGGCAUGAAUUUUAUGAAUUGCUUUUGAACUACUCACGAUGUAGGAAGCAACUACUGCUGGCCGAAGCUGAGCUGCUCACUUUGACGUCUGAUUGCCAAAAUGCUAAAAGUCGGCUGUGGCACUUUAAGGAGGAACAAAUGUCUGUACAGGGUAUCUGUGCAGAUCAAGUGAAAGUUUCUGGCUAUCAUCGCUACCAACAAGUAGAGAUGAAUGAGAAUGCACUGGGGGAGCUAAAGAAGCUAUUUGAUGCCAAAUCUGAGCACCUCCACCAGACCCUGGCCCUGCAUUCUUACACUUCUGUGCUCUCGAGAUUACAAGUGGAGUCUUAUAUCUACGCAUUGCUCAAUAGUUCGGCUGUUCUGAGAUCUUUAGCAAUUCAUCAGCAAGGCCAAGCUUCUAAACAGACAGAAAGCAUUCCCUCUGAUCUGUGUCAGCUAAAGGAAUGCAUUAGUGUCUUAUUCAUGUUCACCAGGAGAAUUAAUGAGGAUGCUCAGUUCCAUGAUGAUAUUCUUCUCUGGCUGCAGAAAUUGGUAAGGAAACAGAAUGGAUGCUUGGGCUAUUGGUUUUCUACAAUAUGUUUUUUCCUUUUCUGAUUUCAGAUCAAGGUGUUGAAUAACCCAUCAGGGGUCUUUCAUUUUAUGCAGUCCCUUGCCCUGCUGAUGUCUCCUGUCAAAAAUCGAGCCGAGUUUAUGUGCCACAUGAAGCCCAGUGAACGGAAGCCAUCUUCCUCGGGGCCUGGGUCUGGGACCUGGACCCUAGUAGAUGAGGGAGGAGAAGAGGAUGAAGACCCUGAGACCAGCUGGAUUCUCCUUAAUGAGGAUGACUUGGUUAUCCUUUUAUCACAGUUCCCAUUUCAUGAGCUCUUUCAACAUCUUCUGGGGUUUAAAGCAAAAGGUGAUUAUUUACCUGAAACAACAAGACCUCAAGAGAUGAUGAAAAUUUUUGCCUUUGCCAACUCAUUGGUGGAACUUCUGGCUGUGGGGUUAGAAACCUUUAACAGAGCACGCUAUAGGCAGUUUGUGAAGCGAAUUGGUUAUAUGAUCAGGAUGACCCUUGGCUAUGUAAGCGACCACUGGGCACAGUAUGUGAGUCAUAACCGAGGCUCAGGAUUGGCCCUGCAGCCCUACUCCACGGAGAAACUACAGGUGGAAUUCGAUGAGCUGUUUUUGAGGGCUGUCCUACAUGUGCUAAAAUCCAAAAGACUUGGCAUUUGGCUGUUUAUGUCCGAAAUGCCCUUUGGGACGCUGUCGGUCCACAUGCUGUGGAAGCUUUUCUACCUCAUGCACCAGGUGGAAAUCGGGAACCUGCAGCAGCUUUGCUCCAUCCUCCAGCCUGCGCAGUGCAAGCAGCAGCUCCAAGACCCAGAACAUUUUGUGAACUUUGAGAAGUGUCUUUCUUCCAUGAAUAGCUCUGAAGAGAUUUGCCUUCUGACUACCUUUGCUCAGAUGGCUCAGGCCAGAAGAACAGACAUGGAUGAGGACUUCAUAAAAAUUAUUGUUCUGGAGAUAUACGAGGUGUCUUAUGUCACCUUGUCCACCAGAGAGACUUUUUCAAAGGUCGGCCGAGAGCUUUUAGGGGCCAUCACAGCUGUUCACCCUGAGAUAAUUUCUGUCCUUUUGGAUAGAGUUCAAGAGACCAUUGACCAAGUUGGAAUGGUUUCUCUAUACUUGUUUAAAGAACUGCCUUUGUAUCUUUGGCGACCUUCUGCCUCCGAGAUAGCUGUGAUUCGGGAUUGGUUAUUGAAUUACAACCUAACAGUGGUGAAGAAUAAACUGGCCUGUGUUAUUCUAGAAGGACUGAAUUGGGGAUUUGCUGAACAGGGUACCUUGCAUCUGGAUCAAGCAGUCCAUGCUGAAGUGGCUUUAAUGGUUCUUGAAGGUUACCAGAAGUACCUUGCACAGAAGCCAUAUGCUGGGCUUCUUUCUGAAAGUAUGAAGCAGGUUUCAUAUUUGGCCAGCAUUGUUCGAUAUGGAGAGACACCUGAGACCUCAUUUAACCAGUGGGCCUGGAAUUUGAUCUUGAGGUUAAAACUGCACAAAAACGAUUAUGGAAUACAGCAGAGUUGUCCGGCUGUUCCCUUCUCCAGCACUGUGCCUGACAUGACAGAGUCACCCACGUUUCAUCCUCUCUUGAAGGCUGUGAAAGCGGGCAUGCCCAUUGGCUGUUAUCUAGCCUUAUCUAUGACAGCUGUGGGCCACAGCAUCGAGAAGUUCUGUGCAGAAGGCAUCUCACUGUUGGGAAUUCUGGUCCAGUCGAGGCACUUGAGAACAGUGGUCCAUGUCCUGGAUAAGAUCCUACCUUUGUUCUACCCUUGCCAGUAUUAUCUUCUAAAGAACGAGCAGUUUUUGUCUCACCUCCUCCUGUUCCUACACUUGGACAGUGGCGUACCUCAGGGUGUCACGCAGCAGGUUACCCACAAGGUGGCGCAACAUCUGACGGGAGCUAGCCAUGGGGACAACGUGAAGCUUCUUAAUAGCAUGAUCCAGGCGCACAUAUCUGUAAGCACUCAGCCCAACGAGGUGGGCCCUGUUGCCGUGUUGGAGUUCUGGGUUCAGGCUCUCAUAAGCCAACGUCUUUGGUACCGAGAGCAACCUAUCCUCUUCCUCAUGGACCACUUGUGUAAAACAGCUUUUCAGCUGAUGCAGGAAGACUGUGUGCAGAAACUACUCUACCAGCAGCACAAGAACGCACUGGGUUACCACUGUGACCGGAGUCUGCUCUCUUCUUUGGUGAGCUGGAUCAUGGCGGGCAACAUCACGCCUUCCUUUGUGGAGGGCUUGGCCACGCCCACUCAGGUCUGGUUUGCAUGGACAGUACUGAACAUGGAAUCUAUCUUUGAAGAAGACUCCCAGCUCCGAAGAGUCGUUGAAGGGGAAUUGGUUAUCAACUCUGCUUUCACCCCUGACCAAGCUCUGAAGAAAGCCCAGGCCCAGCUGAAGCUCCCCAUCGUGCCGUCCCUCCAGAGGCUGCUGAUUUAUCGCUGGGCCCACCAGGCUCUGGUUACGCCUUCUGAUCACCCUCUCCUGCCACUCAUUUGGCAGAAGUUCUUCCUUCUGUAUCUUCACCGCCCAGGACCGCAGUAUGGGUUACCCAUAGAUGGUUGUAUUGGAAGAAGAUUUUUUCAGAGUCCUGCUUAUACUAAUUUGUUGAAAGAAAUGAAAAGGCGUCUGACGGAGGUGGCUGACUUCCACCAUGCUGCAAGCAAAGCCCUCCGAGUUCCAGCAGAGGGCAGCGAAGCGCUGCCAGGGAGCCAGGCUGGCACCCCUGGGUACCUGACGUCACCAGAACUGCACACGGAGCUAGUGAGGCUCUUCAAUGUAUAUAUAUUAUGGCUAGAAGAUGAGAACUUUCAGAAAGGAGAUACCUAUAUCCCUUCUCUACCAAAGCACUAUGAUAUUCACAGGCUAGCAAAAGUGAUGCAGAAUCAGCAGAAUAGAGAAUUGAGUAUUACGUCUGGAAUGAAAUCGGAAAUUCAUAGUAGUGCCUUAACUAAAGAAAGGGUUUUGAGUAACUUGCAGAAGCAUGAGGCUCCCCAGCCUCCCCUUGUUCUGCACCUGAUGAGGCCUCCUGUGCCAGUUAUUUCCUCAGCUGCACUACUGAGUCAGAAGGACGCCACCCAGCUGGUGUGCACAGACCUGAAUCUGUUGCAACAGCAGGCCAGAACUGCAGCUCUUCGGGAAUCUCAGCAGGUUGCCCUGGAUGGUGAGCUGUUGGACACGAUGCCCAAACAGUAUGUUAAUCGAGAAGAGCAGACCACACUACAUUUGGAGUGUAGAGGCAGUAGCGGUAAGAAAUGCCAAGGAGCCGCAGUUGUAACAGUUCAGUUUGAAGGCAUGAAUAAGAAUGAAGCAAUAAGCCAACAGCUUCAUAGUUUACGAAAAGAAGUGAAGCAGUUGCAAGCAGAAGCUGCUAAACCACCAUCACUGAAUGUUGUGGAAGCUGCUGUGCAUGCAGAAAACUUGAUUACGGCCUUAGUGAAUGCCUACAAGUUGCAGCCUACACCUGGGGUUCAGAAAGUUGGCAUUAGCCUUUUCUUCACUGUUGUGGAUUAUGUCAGCGAUGAGACGCAGCGUCAUCCCCCGACAAGGCAGUUCUUUACUUCAUGCAUUGAGAUCUUGGGACAGGUAUUUAUCAGUGACACUAAAUCAGAGUGCAAAAAAGUACUCCAGACCAUUCUGAAGAAUAGAAGGCUCUGCUCUCUUUUGUCUCCUUUCUUCACUCCCAGUGCUGCUCCUACAGAGUUCAUACAGCUGUAUGAGAAAGUGGUGAAGUUUCUAAGUGAGGACAACAGUGAUAUGAUUUUCAUGCUGCUGACCAAGUUCGAUCUUAAGCAAUGGUUAAACGCCACUAAACCUCCUCUGUCUGAUCGUACCAGGCUGCUGAAGUCCAUUCAUUUGGCACUUACUGCCUGGGGCCUUGAACCAGAUGAGGAUAUUUUGAUGCCAUUUAAUCUUUUCUGUAAGCACUGGACUUACCUUCUUCUCUACCAGUUUCCUGACCAGUACAGUGACAUUCUCAAGCUGCUGAUGCAAAGCUCCGCGGAGCAGCUGCUGAGCCCGGAGUGUUGGAAGGCCACUCUGAGAGCCCUGGGCUGCUGUGCCCCGAGCUGCCAGCAGGGGGCGGCUUCUGCUGAGAGCACGGUGCUUGUGAGCUCUUCAGAUGCUCUUUUGUCAGACAAGCAGGUAAUGGAGACUAUACAGUGGCUUUCAGACUUUUUUUAUAAGCUUCGGUUAUCCAAGUUGGACUUUAAAAGCUUUGGUUUAUUCUCAAAAUGGAGCCCUUACAUGGCUGAUGUGAAGACAUUCUUGGGCUAUCUCGUGAAAAGGCUGAUUGACUCAGAAAUGGCCUGCUUGGCCCAAGACCCAUCUGCCAGCAGCAAAACAGUGCUUAUGUCUCUCCAUUCAGUAAUCAUUCAGCUCUUUAAGCCGUGGAUCCUGGUUUUAGAGGACAAUGAAAGCAGCCAACGGCGACAUUACCCCUGGCUGGAGAGUGAUGCUGUGGUGGCCUCAAGCAUUGUGCAGUUGUUCACCGACUGUAUUGACUUACUGCAUGAGAGUUUUAAAGAUAGGCUGUUGCCAGGUGAUGGAGCCCUUCGGUUACACCUGAUGCAUUAUUGUGAGACAUGUACAGCACCCAAAAUGCCAGAGUUCAUUCUGUACGCUUUUCAUAGCGCGUACCGGAAACUCCAGUGGAAGGACCUGCACCCGGACCAGAUGCUCAUGGAGGCCUUCUUCAAAGUGGAACGAGGAAGCCCCAAGAGCUGUUUCUUAUUUUUGGGGUCUGUACUCUGUGAAGUCAACUGGGUCAGUGUGCUCUCUGAUGCCUGGAAUCCCAGUCCUCACCCAGAAACCCAGAGCAUGAUUGUCUGCCUCCUUUUUAUGAUGAUUUUAUUGGCAAAGGAAGUUCAGCUAGUAGACCAAACAGAUUCGCCUUUGCUUAGACUCCUUGGACAGACAGGCUCACUUUCGUGGCACCUUGUGGACAUUGUGUCGUACCAGAGUGUGCUGGGUUAUUUCAGCAGUCAUUACCCACCAUCCAUCAUCUUGGCAAAGGAAUCUUCUGCUGAAUUAAUCGUGAAGCUCCUAAAAGUAUCUGCAGGCCUUUCUAUUCCUACUGACAGCCAGAAGCAUCUUGAUGCAGUUCCAAAAUGCCGAGCUUUCACUCAUCAGAUGGUUCAAUUUCUCAGCACCAUGGAACAAAAUGGAAAAAUCAGCUUAGCAGUCCUAGAGCAGGAAAUGUCUAAGCUCUUAGAUGAUAUCGUUGCCUUUAACCCGCCAGACAUGGACAGCCAGGCUCGCCACAUGGCGCUCAGCAGCCUCUUCACGGAAGUCCUAAUGAUGAUGAACAACGCAGCUGUUCCAACAGCAGAGUUCCUCCGGGGCAGCAUCCGGACCUGGAUUGGCCAGAAAGUGCAUGGGCUAGUGGUGCUACCCCUUUUAACCGCUGCCUGCCAGAGCCUGGCUUCCGUCCGCCACAUGGCGGAGACCGCAGAAGCCUGCAUCACUGCCUACUUCAAAGAAAGCUCCCUCAAUCAAAAUUUAGGAUGGGGCCCCAUUCUGGUGUCCCUUCAAGUUCCUGAGCUCACCAUGGAAGAAUUUCUGCAGGAGUGCCUAGCUCUCGGCAGUUACUUGACGCUUUAUGUCUACCUGCUUCAGUGUUUAAAUAGCGAACAAACUCUAAGGAACGAAAUGAAAGUGCUCCUUAUCUUAAGCAAGUGGUUGGAACAGGUGUAUCCAGGCUCCGUGCAGGAAGAGGCGAAGCUAUUUUUGUGGUGGCACCAAGUCCUGCAGCUGUCCCUGAUCCAGAUGGAGCAGAAUGACUCCGUCCUGACGGAAUCUGUCAUUCGAAUCCUGCUCAUGCUUCAGAGCAGGCAGAGCCUUGUGGCAGAGGAGAGGCUCAGCUCUGGGAUCCUGGGGGCAAUCGGGCUGGGCCGGAAGUCGCCCUUGUCUAACAGGUUCCGUGUGGUUGCCCGAGGCAUGGCUGCCUUCCUUUCAGUUCAGGUUCCUGCAGAAGAUCAGAUCCGUUUGAAGCCUGGCUCUGAGUUACAUCUGACCCCAAAAGCUCAGCAGGCUCUGAAUGCUCUUGAGUCCAUGACAUUGAGUAAGCAGUAUGUUGAGUACCAGGAUCAGAUAUCACAAGCCGCCCAGUUUAUAAAGCAUCCUGGCCAUUGCCUCCAAGAUGGGAAGAUCUUCCUGGCUCUUCUCGUUAACUGUUUGUAUCCAGAAGUGCAUUAUUUGGACAACAUACGAUAGUGAUCCUGAGGCUCUUGAAACCCCCCUUGCUGUUUAUGUUUACAUUUAACUUUGCUGUUGCACAAGUAACUUUGCUCAGUUUCACCGCAGAGCUCCGUUUGGCCAACGAGUAGUUGACUGAGAUGCAAGUCUGGAGGCGUUAGAUAAUUCUGUGUGGUGUGUGUAUGUUUUCUUACCUCUUAAAACUUUGUGGGGACUUUGCAGUUUUUAUGUUCAUCCACAGGAGAAACUUACUGAGUUCCACUUGGGUACAGAGCCACUCACAGUUGCCAAAUGUCCCAGUCAUCUCACAAGAGCCCCAGAUGGAGUUCUCUGUCUGUCUCCCUGCCUGUCUCCCCUUUUUAUUUAAAUGUUAAGACUCCUGUCCAGAUCUGACGACUUUGGGAGUCAUGUAGAACCCUCACUUUUGAACCCUGUUGGUGUCCCUCCAAAGUAAAAAAGUCAACUUUGACAAUUUCUGCAUUUCUCAGAUGUGGAGAAAUACACUAGCUUUAACGUAUUAUUUCUCUCAGAAAGGAGAUAAGUGAGUCCUGUGUACAAUAUGAUCCCUUGAUCCUGGUCACAGUGGAUAGCAGAGAUGGUGACAAGUCCAUUUCCAUCCAGUCACGUGUCCUCAUGGAGAAGGAGCCACCUAUCUGGAUUGGGGGUGCCAGCUGGGCGGGCUGGGAUCAGCGUGCUUUGCACGGGUGGCUCUGUUUGGUCCCUGUGGUGGGGCGUACAGGCAGGGCUGACUCUCCCCAGUGACAGUCCCUGCAUUCCCUCCGGUGCUUCCCCCAGCCUCACUCACAUCACCUUCUCAGCCCUGUGGACAUGACUGUCUGUUCCCUGCUUGUGUUUUCACUCCACAUUUAAACUCAGAUGAAGCUCCUGGACCUGCCGAGAUACUUGUCCUUGGACACGGGGCCAGGUCAGGAGAACUACGGAAGUUUGGCUUUUUUUCAGUAGCCACGUGCCUUCUGUUAACAGUCCGUUCAUUACCAAAGCCUGUGUGUAACGUUGCCUUGUUCUGUUGCCAUCUUCUUGCUCAUGUUAUUUCCCCCAGGAAUUAGCAAUUUGACUUCUGUCGUCAUAUGCAUAAUUCUGUCACCUCAAAAUGGAUUUGGUUUGUACAACUUGCAUACUGUGUCUUUGUUUACAGCUUGUCUAUAACCGAGGAAUAUUUAUUUAAAAAUGUCUAAACAGCCACCAAGAGCUUUUAGUAGGGGGAUAUGGAUAUAGUUAACGGUGAUAAUCUCUUCUCAAAUGUCCUUUUGGAAUGCUUCCCCCAACAUUUGGAAGUCUGUAGGUACCCCUUUUUAUUCCGAACUUCUUUUUUGUUGUUGUUGUGACAGAGUCUUGCUCUGU